AUGAAACAUAACAACGUCAUACCAAAUGCUCACUUUAAUAAAAAGUGGCAAUUACAUGUUCGUACUUGGUUUGAUCAAGCAGGUCGUAAAACACGACGUCAUCAAAAACGUUUAGCUAAAGCUCAACGUGUUGCUCCUCGACCAACUAAAGGUUCAUUACGUCCAAUUGUUCAUAGUACAACACGUCGUUAUAAUAUGAAAAUUCGUGCUGGACGAGGAUUUUCAUUAGAUGAAGUACGUGCUGCUGGUCUUCAUCCAAAAUAUGCACGAACAAUUGGUAUUUCUAUUGAUCAUCGACGACGCAAUAAAUCAACUGAAGCUUAUCAACUCAAUGUUCAACGUUUGAAACAAUAUCUUGGCAAACUUAUUCUAUUCCCAUUGAAAGCUGAUAAACCGAAGAAGAACGAUGCUAAACCAGAAGAAAUCAAAUUGGCUGUACAACUUAAAAAACGUAUUAUGCCAGUUAAACAACGAGUGACACGUGAAAAAGCUCGACCAAUUAAUGAUGUUGAUAUGAAAUUUCAAGCAUUUCAAGCUUUACGUAUGGCACGUGCUGAUGCAAGAUUAAUUGGACAACGUGAAAAGAAAGCUAAACAAGCAGCUGAAGAUGAGAAAAAACCGAAAAAAGAGAAAUAA